UUAGUAGGAACACUCAUAGCCCUUGCGCUUAGUCGUUAUACUAUACUGCACUGAUUUACAGAGCCAUGAAGAACCUGAUCCUUAUCCUACUAGCCCUGUGCAUUGCACUAAAUAUCCAUCCCUCGGAAGCUUUGCCCCAAUGCUGCCCGUCGAUGUGUUGCUCUUGUGGUUGCGGCAGCGGAUCUGCUAGCAGUCCCACUCUAGCGGAUGAGCCUGACGUUGGCGGCGAUGAGGAACUGGUACGGAAACGCCACUCUGGGUGGAAAAAAGCCGAUAUAAUCAUCAACGGGGUGCAGGCUGCGGCCGACGUGGGACAUUUGAUCAUGGGUGCUGCUGGUGCUGCGUCGGGUUCCUAAUUAUGCCGCGGAUACAUGUAUUGAAAUAUAUAUUGUUUUUUUUUUGGUAAAAAUUUUAAGUUUCCCCAAAUACAUACAUUAAUAAAUAUUGA